AUGCCUCGCUUCGAUGACGCCGACUUUGGCGUCGAGGUCGUUCCUCAACUCCACGUCAAUGAGACCGCCGCUCCCAUCAAGCCAACAGGCUCGGUCAACAACAUCGAGAUCCCCCCUACGCGCAACCCCGUCAGCGAUGCCUCCGCCCUAAUGCACCAUCUCAGCCUGUCGCCCUCCAUGAAGGAGCGACGCGGCUCGCGCAACUCCAUCGGGACAUCGCUGCCCAUCCCACGCUCCCCACGGCCCUCACGCCUCUCCUCAACCACCAAGCCGCGCAUCAACGCGCGCAGCAUCCUCGCCGCCCAAGUGCAAGGCAUGGCAACGGAGAAAGUCGCCGCCGUCAAGAACAUGGCCUUCGCAUUCGACAUCGACGGCGUCCUCGCGCACGGCAACGAAGCCAUCGAGGAAGCCAAAGUGGCCCUGAACAUCCUCAACGGCGACAACGAACUCGGCAUCACCUUCCCGUACAUCCUCCUCACCAACGGCGGCGGCAAGACCGAAGAAGCCCGCUGCGCCCAACUCACCUCCGUCCUCGGCCACGAGGUCCCCACCGCCCAGUUCAUCCAGUCCCACACCCCCAUGCAAGCCCUCGCCGAGUACUACGACACCGUGCUCGUCUGCGGCGGGGAAGGCUUCCAAGCGCGCGAAGCCGCCGAAGCCUACGGCUUCAAGAACGUCGUCCACCCGAAGGACAUCCUCGCAUGGGACCCGACGAUCUCCCCCUGCCGGGUCUUCACAGAUGAAGACCGCGCAGGCGCCCGCCCGCGCGACUUCUCGCAGAUCAAGUUCGACGCUAUCCUCUGCUUUGCUGAAACUCGCGACAGUAUGACAGACUGCCAGAUCAUCGCGGACCUGCUCCUCUCGGAAGACGGGCAGCUGCUCACGCAGGCGGCCGAUCCCUCCAACCACAUCCCGAUCUACUUCUCGCAGGGCGACCUCCUCUGUCCGACGGAGCACAAGGGGCCCCCGCGUCUCAACCUCGGCGCGUUCCGCAUCGCCGUCGAAGCGCAGUACAAGGCGCUGACGGGGCUGGACCUCGAGCGGGUCGUUUACGGCAAGCCCGAGCGGGCGACGUAUGUCUGUGCGGAUGAGGUCCUCCGCUCGUGGAUGCAGGAGAUACACAACGAGAAACGGCUGCCGCAGAAUAUCUACAUGGUCGGGGAUAAUCCCCAGAGUGAUAUCAUCGGCGGGAACCUCUACGGGUGGAAUACGUGUCUGGUGCGAACGGGCGUGUUCCAGGGUCCGAAGGGGUCGAAUGAUCCUCAUAAUCCGGCGAACUUUGGCGUCUUCGAUAAUGUGCUGGAGGUGGUCAAGGCGGUUAUUAGCAAGGAGUUGGGGUCGGAUUUCAAGCUCAGUUGGAAUCCGAAUGUGAAUCCUGUGACGCAGGAUGAUCAGUUUUCGGCGAUUGAGUAA